GCUUCUACCAGCUGUGCCUGGACAACCCAAACCACUUUGGCUUCAUGCAGGUGUACCUGAACUUCGGGGUCUACUACGAAGGCUUCGACGGGGAAAACAAGCAGCAGGAGAGGAAAGAGCUGAACAACACCCUGGAGGCAAUCGAGGUCAGCAUCGAGAAGCUGCAGCUCCACGUCUUCCACAUGUGGCGGUUCUACAACUUCGCCCGGAUGCGGAAAGGGGCCGACGCCUUCCUCCUGGAGUCCAACUACAACUACGUCAACUGGUGGUCGAUGGCUCAGAGCUGCGUCAUCGUCCUCUCCGGGUUCCUGCAGCUCUUCUUCUUGAAGCGCCUCUUCCAUGUGCAGAGCCCCAGCAGGCAGAAGUGCUAG